CCGGAGGAAGCCGCCGCCGCCAGUCUGAGGCAGGUGCCCGACAUGGCGAGUGCUGUGCUGCCGAGCGGAUCCCAGUGUGCGGCGGCGGCGGCGGCGGCGGCGGCGGCGCCUCCCGGGCUCCGGCUCCGGCUUCUGCUGUUGCUCCUCUCCGCCGCGGCAUUGAUCCCCACAGGUGAUGGACAGAAUUUGUUUACGAAAGACGUGACAGUUAUCGAGGGAGAAGUUGCAACCAUCAGCUGUCAAGUCAAUAAGAGUGACGACUCCGUGAUUCAGCUCCUGAAUCCCAACAGGCAGACCAUCUACUUCAGGGACUUCAGGCCUUUGAAGGACAGCAGGUUUCAGCUGCUGAAUUUUUCCAGCAGUGAACUCAAAGUGUCGCUGACAAAUGUCUCCAUUUCCGACGAAGGAAGAUACUUCUGCCAGCUCUACACCGACCCCCCGCAGGAGAGCUACACCACAAUCACAGUGCUGGUCCCACCACGUAACCUGGUCAUCGACAUCCAGAAAGACACGGCCGUGGAGGGCGAGGAGAUCGAAGUCAACUGCACGGCCAUGGCCAGCAAGCCGGCCACCACUAUCCGGUGGUUCAAAGGCAACACGGAGCUCAAAGGCAAAUCGGAGGUGGAAGAGUGGUCGGACAUGUACACCGUGACUAGUCAGCUGAUGCUGAAGGUGCGCAGGGAGGACGACGGGGUCCCAGUGAUCUGCCAGGUGGAGCACCCUGCCGUCACCGGGAACCUGCAGACCCAGCGGUACCUAGAAGUACAGUAUAAGCCUCGGGUGCAUAUUCAGAUGACUUACCCUCUACAAGGCCUGACCCGGGAAGGGGACGCGCUUGAGUUAACCUGUGAAGUCAGCGGGAAACCCCAGCCUGUCAAGGUAACCUGGGUGCGAGUCGAUGAUGAAAUGCCCCAGCACGCCGUGCUGUCCGGGCCCAACCUGUUCAUCAAUAACCUGAACAAAACAGAUAACGGGACGUACCGCUGCGAAGCCUCCAACGCCGUGGGGAAAGCUCACUCGGAUUACACGCUGUAUGUAUAUGAUCCCCCCACAACUAUCCCUCCUCCCACAACAACCACCACCACCACCACCACCACCACCACCACCAUCCUUACCAUCAUCCCAGACACAACGGCGACGACAGAGCCAGCAGUUCACGGCCUUACUCAGUUGCCCAAUUCCGCAGAAGAACUGGACAGUGAGGACCUCGCAGACUCCCGGGCAGGUGACGAAGGCUCCAUCCGGGCCGUGGACCACGCCGUGAUUGGCGGCGUCGUGGCUGUGGUGGUGUUCGCCAUGCUGUGCUUGCUCAUCAUUCUGGGGCGCUACUUUGCCAGACACAAAGGUACAUACUUCACUCAUGAAGCCAAAGGAGCCGAUGACGCAGCAGACGCAGACACAGCCAUAAUCAAUGCAGAAGGAGGACAGAACAACUCCGAAGAAAAGAAAGAGUACUUCAUCUAGAGCAGCCUUUCCUUUCCAUGAGGUGUCCCGCUGGCCCUAUUUAGAUGAUAAAGAGACAGUGAUAUUGGAACUUGAGAGACAUUCGUGUGAUUUUUUAUGAAUGGGUGGAAAGGCGCGAGACCUGGAAGGCUUGGGAUUUGCUGUAUAAAAAAAAAAAAUGUUCUUUGAAAAGUACACUCUGCUGAUUGACACCUCUUUUUUUGUGUUUUUUGUUUUUUUUUUUAAAUUUUAUUUCCUCCUACCAAGUCAAACUUGGAUGCUUGGGUUUAGUUUGGGUAGAUUGCAGAAAAUUCUGUGCCUUGUUUUUUGUUUGUUUGUUGCGUUCCUUCUUAUUCCUCUUUGUGCGCAUUUAUUUUUCAAAAGAUGUUUUGAUUUUUUUUUUUUUAAAUCUCCGAUUUUGGAAUUUGCCUGCUGGGAUUCCUUAGAAUCUUCCCCCCUUCCCCUUAUUUUGCUAUUGUUUUUACUUUUUUUGUUUAUUGCUGAAGUAACUGCUUUGUGUUCAAAAUUCAGUUUCAUAAAAGGAGAACCAGCACAGCUUGGAUUUCAUAGUUCAGAACUUAGUGUAUCCAUAUGCAUUCUUCUCUGUUGUUGUAAAGAUUUGGGUGAACAAACAAUGAGAACUCUUUGCUGCUGCCCAUGUUUCAGAUACGUAGAGCAGUGAAGACUAGAAACGUAGACUGUGAUUCAGAAACUGUUCUGUUUGCUGUGGAACUACAUUACUGUACAGGGUUAUCUGCCAGUGAGGUGUGUCGCAACAAGGUGGAAUCUGUCUUUCCUCUGUGUCUGUAGACGGCUCCGUGUAGCUCCCCCACACUGCCCAGAGCGUGGGCUGGAAAGAGCUCCUCUUUUCGUGCCCUCACAGACCUGACAGGGAGGGCCGUUCCUUUGUGUAAGCGGACAAAUGUGAGUUGCCACAGGAGGGGACACAGGGCGGGGGAGCGAUAGUUCUGCUCUGGUUGUUUCUGUUCCAAAUGAUUCCAUCCACCUUUCCCAGUCGGCCUUACUUCUCACUAAUUUGUAGGCAAGAGCAGGUCGGUGCGAUGGGAGCAUGACUGAAUGGGACAGGUCUUCCCUUUGUGCUCAGCCCGGAAGGGGGUGGAUGUGGCCUGCAUGUACUGUAUAUUACAGAUAUUUGUCAUGCUGGGAUGUCCAACUCAAACCCGUGUGAAACUUUCCUUCCUUCAGAUCAGGCUCGACAAAGGCAGGAGGUCCAGAAGGAGGCCAGUCCUCACGCUGGUCUGCGUGGACCUCCGUUCCCAAAAGGUCAGAGCAGAGGUGGGGAGCCGCAUGCAGGGCUUUUCAGUUACUUAAUCAAAACUCAAAUGUGAGUGUUUUUAUCUUUUUACCUUUCAUACACUAGCCUUGGCCUCUUUCCUCAGCCUUAAGAACCAUCUGCCAAAAAAUUACCAAUCCUCGCAUGACAGCAGCCAUAGUGCAUAGCUACUAAAGAAGCCACCGGAGGGCGUCGUGGGCGGAGCCUGGGGGAAGGGGAGGAGUCAGUUCUCUACAUUUUCUAAAGGCAGGUAUGUCUAGGAACCUAGAAGUAGUCCUGAAGGAUAGAGACAAAACUCUUACCAGGCGUCUUGGUAAGGCCCCAGACUCCAGAACGCAGUCCCUAUAGAAAGAUGGCAUCAAAAAAGAUAGAUCUAUAUAUAUAUAAAUAUAUAUUAUAUAACAUUUUCAGUGAGUAACUUUGGAUUUUGCAAGGUGCAUUUUUACUAUUGUUACAUUAUGUGGAAAACUUACGCUGAUUUAUUUAAGGGGGAAAAGUGUCAACUCUUUGUUAUUUGAAAGCGUGUUUAUUUUUCUUGUCUUUACUUUAACCUUUGAUAGAACCAUUUGCAGUACGGGGCCUUUGGGAGCGGGCUGGCUCGAAAGAGGAGAUCCCCCGGGCAGCUCUGUCUCCCUCUCCCGUCCAGAGGCACUAACCCAGACAAAGGCCACAACCAACGUCCCUUUUCCACGGAAUUUUAUAACGUGCAGCUCUCUCCCGAGCCCCUAGCUCCCAUCCUGACCUAGCGUGACCAGAUCAAAGGGUGAGAAUCAUUGGCAUGUUGUCGACAGGGUUUUUUCAGUCAUUCUUUUGAGGAAGAUAAAAAAACGAAACGUAGCAUCGCUCACAGAAUUGGCAUCUCCGUUUUGGGACCUCCCGUCUUUCUGUUUUGAAAAGUGUACAGUAGUGCAGUGUUCCUGAUGUAACUUUAUGGCUUACAAUGUUGACAUGUCUCAGGUCCAUGUGUUUUGAUUGGUGUUUUCCGUCUCAGGUAGAUCGCUAAGUGUAGGCCCCACACAUUGGAAAAAAAAUAAAAUAAAACCAAGCAAAAACAGGAAAUUCUGGACUUUAGUUGUAUAUUGGUUCAUGUAUUUUUCUUAAGUAUACAGUGCACUGUUUGAAAUGUAUUGUUGAGUAUUACUUUGUACAGGUCGGUCACUUUUUUUAGAGUGAAGAAAGAACAAACUUGUUUUUUGUGUUUUUUAAAGGAAUAUAAAAUAAUGAAGGAUGUACAAUUGAUGCCAAAUAAGCUUGUUCUUUAGUCACACCGACGUCCUAUCUCCCUCUAGGCCAGUUCUGUUGCUAAGGUGUCCAUGGACGGUGUUACGGUGUAAGAAACUCCAUAUCCAUAUGUUCCCAUUCGCAUUUUGUAUUGGUUCAUGUAUACCAUUUUUACAAAAGAAAAAAAAAGAAAAAAAGAAGUACUAUAAAAUAUCUGUCUUCUUAAUAAAAAAAUUAAUGUUACAAAGUGA